AUGAAGACGCUCGAGAAUCUGUCAGAAGAGGUCAAAGGUUAUUUCACGUGGGAAUCGCUCGCGAAGCGGCUCACGGAGAGAACAGGUAAGCGCGUGGCCUACAAAACAGUGUAUAAUUUUUGUAAAACAGCUGGCUGGCGCCAAGUAUGCGAGCGUUAUGUACCUUGCCUCAGCGCAAAAGACGUGCAGAGAAGAUUGGAGUGGGCAAAGCAGCAUCUUGAUUACACUUGGACGGCGACGGAAAACUUGCGAUACCCGAACGUAGCAAAGACAAAAACAGUAGGAUGGAUCGACAUUGACGAGAAAUGGUGGGAUAUGCUUCGGAAGAGAGCUGUGAAGGUGCACCCAGGACAACAGCGGCGAACAAGGGUGCCAACGAAGAGCAAGCGUUUUGUUCAAAAAGUGAUGGGCCUGUGCGCCGUUGCGCGACCGUGCGGCGACUUCGACGGACGAAUAGGAAUGUAUCGCUGCGCACGCGAAAAGGUUGCGCAGCGAAACAGCAAAUAUCACAAACGAGGGGACGUGUAUGUCGAAGACUGUGAUGUUGACGCACCGAUGUUCUACGAGUUAGUCACCGAGAAGUUGAUCCCGGACAUCUAUACGAAAAUGGCAGACUUUGACAUCGUCUUUGUACAGAUGGGUGGCGCACGACCUCAUGUGAAGUGCAUGGACGCUUUAAACGCUGCUGGAAAGGAACGGAAGCGCAUCGAUGGGAAGCAAGCGCCAAUGAUCAAAUUUGUGUUGCAACCGGCCAACUCGCCGGACACCAACUUGAACGAUCUCUGCUUCUUUAGGUCGCUAUCAAAGUAC